GAGCAAUAGCGAUAGACAGCGACAGCAAUAGCGGUAGAUAGCGAUGGCAAUAGCGAUAGACAGCCAUGGCAACAGCGAUAGACACCGACGGCACUAACGAUGGCAAUAGCAACAGUUGCCAAUUUCCGCGCAUGGCCCUGGAGAGAUUCCCAUACGGCAACUACCUCUGGUUGCUCCUCCCUAAUGGAGAAGUAAUGUUCCCCGUCCCCGCCCUCCAUAGGUCCACCGCUUGUCAAGUACCUCCAGGCCAGACAGCGUGCGUUUCAAUCCCUUCCCUAUACUGCCCAGUCGCUUGUCGAGUGCCGCCAGGCCGGUUCGGUCCAGCCGCCGAGAUACCGGACUCACAAGAAUCGCCGCCAUAUCCUCCUCUCCUGCUGUCGAUGGCCUCACCUGGAGCCGGACGAUACCGGACUCGGAAGCCUCCGCGAGUUCACCAUGCUCUCCCCCCUCCCCUCCCAGCCGCGGUUCUCACCGCAUGCCGCUGAUAAUACUCGGGACACCAAUCCCUUCGGAGUCGGAAGACAAGAUAACUCCCUGGGCCACCACGGUUCCUGGCAGCUCGAGCCACCUGCGAGCCUCGCCGUCUCCUGAGCCACCCAGGCCGACAAAAAGGCCGAGGAUUGAGGAGCCGGACGAAGCGGGGGGCGUGGUCUCCUUUGACUUAGAUCCUGUCGACGACGAAGUGAAUCAGUCCCAGGACCAGGAACAACCGGAGUCCGACUGUGACAGCGAUGCCCAGAUAGACAUCUCCUCAGAACUGUCCAACUAUGCCGAACACAGCAAGGCAGAGCACACCGAUGACGUGUGUCAUGACAGUGACAGCAGCGGCGAUGACGAUGGCGACGACGAGCAGUCCUCUGUUGAAGACGAGGACACGUUCAUGGGCGACUUGGAACUCGAUGGCAUCGCUGAUGAUGACGGUAACGACGAUGGCUGUCUCGAUCUUGACGAUCUGCCCUUGGACGAUGGGGAUGAACUUGUUGAGUUGCAGCAUGAGAGCGAGAUUGCGUAUAAGGACGAGAACAUCCUUGAGGACUUGGUCCUCGAUGACACCACAUACCCCCCCUCAAGCAUCAGACGACAAUCUCGGUUCGGCUGA